CGGCACUCUAGAUGCCGGGACCCCCAUAGUACAACACACAUACACACACACACACAUACAUAGACAACUCCUCCAGCUGACACGGGUUGCCUUGCCUGGGACCGUGUAGGAUGGAGACGCGGCUCGGAGCGCUGCUGGCGGCCGGGGUUGUGCUGGGGCUGCUGGACGGGAUUUCAGGCUUGGUGCCGCUGAGCGACUUCUACCCGUUCGGGCUGGAGCACGGGGACUCGGUCAAUGCCAAAGUGGAUGAUGGAGGCUCGGGGCUGGUGGAGAUCUCGCUCGGCUUCCCUUUCUUCGGGGAGAAGCACUCCGGGCUUUACGUGAAUAACAAUGGGAUUAUAUCAUUCCUGAAAGAGGUUUCACAGUUCACUCCAGUGGCAUUUCCCAUCUCUAACGACCGACGGGUAGUGGCAGCGUUCUGGGCAGAUGUGGACAACCGGCGAGCUGGUGAUGUCUUCUACAGGGAGACGAAAGACCCUGCCAUACUGCAGAGUACAACAGAAGAUAUCAGGAGGUACUUUCCGGAGCUUGAGGAAUUCAACACCAAGUGGGCACUUGUGGCCACCUGGUACAAAGUGACAUUCUUUGGAGGAAGCACAUUCUCACCGGUGAACACUUUCCAGAUUGUCUUGGUCACAGAUGGAGAAUUAUCCUACACCAUCUUCAACUAUGAAAAUAUCACCUGGACGACGGGGAUGCAUGCCAGCAGCGGAGGGGACUUCGCCGGUCUUGGUGGCAUUGCUGCCCAGGCAGGUUUCAACGCUGGAGAUGGGAAACGCUACUUCAACAUUCCCGGAUCACGCACAGAUGACAUCGUGGAUGUCGAGACGACAACGAAUGUUGGCGUUCCCGGACGUUGGGUAUUCCAGAUCCACGACGCACAAGUGGAAGUUGGGGGCUGCAACAAUUCAGCUUCAGUGUGCUUGAACCUGCGACCGUGUCUCAAUGAUGGAAGGUGCAUUGACGAUUGCAUCACCGGAAACCCAUCUUACACGUGUUCAUGUCGUGCAGGAUUCACAGGCCGCAGGUGUCAGAUAGAUGUCGAUGAGUGCUCCUCAUAUCCCUGUCACAACAGUGGGACAUGCAGAGAUGGACAGAAUGCCUUCACCUGCCAGUGCCCUGCUGGGUUCACAGGACUGCUCUGCGAAACAGAUAUCGAUGACUGUGUAUUGAAUGAAUGCCAGAAUGGAGCCACAUGUAUCGAUGGGAUUGCCAGCUACCAGUGCGAGUGCUUGGUUGGGUUUAUUGGAAAACACUGCGAAAUUGUUACAGCUGACACUUUAUGUAACACCAGAGAGUGUCUAAAUGGUGGUGUUUGUGACACAGAUAAUGGAACUGCAGUCUGUAUCUGUCAGAAGGGCUACACAGGGGAAAACUGUGAAAAUGAGACUAGUAACUGUGACUCCAACCCGUGCUUGAAUGGAGGACAGUGCAUCGACCUGCUCAGUAAUUACACAUGUCUAUGCCCAGAAUCAUACACAGGAAAACACUGCGAGACAGGUGGGCCCACAGUUGCCCCGAGCAUCUGUCAGCCAAACCCAUGUCAGAAUGGGGGAAAUUGCAAGAAGAAUGAUGAUGAUGAUGGUUACCUCUGUGACUGUCCUGAAGGAUUUACCGGCCGUGACUGUGAGAAUGAGGUGCUGCAGCCCUGCAAUGCCCACCAUCAGUGCCCGCAUGGCGCCUCCUGCACUGAAUACGGAGGGACCUAUCGUUGUAUCUGCCCACAAGGACCUAGUGGGAAAGACUUGAUGCCAUCCCCCUGUGACUCAGACCCCUGUCAGAGAGGAGGAACUUGCAAUGAACAGGAUGGCUCCUAUACCUGUCAGUGUCUACCAGGCUUCAGUGGACAACGCUGUGAAAAAGAAAGACUCCGCUCUUGUGCGUCCAAUCCAUGCCGGAAUGGUGGAACCUGUAAGGAGGCUCAUGGAACUUACCAGUGUAUCUGUUUGUAUCGCUUCACUGGCAAGAACUGUGAAACUGGUAAACCAGAUCCGUGCUCAUCCAGUCCAUGUCAGAACGGGGGCACCUGCUUCCAUUAUAUUGGUAAAUACAAGUGUGAAUGCCCAAGAGGCUUCACUGGACGGCAUUGUGACACAGAGGUGGACUGUGGGAUUCCCAGCGAGGUGAAACACGCUGAAGUGCUCAUCUCUUCGACCAAGUACGGCUCGGUUGCUCAGUACAUUUGUGAAGCUGGAUACGGACUACAGCCGAGCCCAGGAGAGAGUACCUGUCGAUUGGAUGGAAGAUGGAGUGAAGCACCAACCUGCGAGGUUGUGAAUCCCUGUGUUCUUAAUCCCUGUGGUGCUCGUGGUUUCUGCCGCACCGUGAAUGAAUCAUACAUCUGUACUUGUAAAGUUGGAUACUCAGGAAAACACUGUGAUGCAGAACUUGCCCCACCAGCAGCACUGAAGGUGGAAAGAUCAGAGGGUAAUGAGAUUGAAAUCUCGUGGCAAGCCCCAGGGAUCGACAGUGCACAGGAGCUGAUUGAUGGCUUUGCAGUAACCUACACAUCCUACGAUGGAAAAGUGCGCAAGACUGACUUUGUCAACAAAAGCAGAUCACGACAUCGGCUGAGGCCGCUGUCUCCGGGAAGACUUUACAACAUCUCCAUAUUUUCAGUCAAGCGCAAUGUCAAUCAGAAUGAUAUCAGCAAGCCUGCUGUACUCCUCGUGUGGACAAAACCUGGUCCCAUUGGAAACCUCUCUGUAGUGAACACUACUGCCUCCAGCAUAUCCGUCACCUGGUCUUUACACAACCCAAAGCAAUCCAUUGUCAGCGCUGUCCAGCUCACUCUGAAGUCCCCUGACUCAGCUGAAGAAACAACUGUUUUGCUGGGGUCUAACAUCACGCACUACACAUAUCGGGACCUUUCUCCGGGAGUAUUUUACACAGUGGAGGCCGUGCCACAGAUGAGCCUCGACACUCAGGAAAGCUUUUUGGAUGGUCUUGCGGCUCCACCCCUGCCCGUGUGGACACGGCCACUGCCUCCUCAGAACCUUGUGCUGGCUGGUGUCACAACAACAACAGCAAGGCUACGUUGGAAUAGCCCCCUGACUGGCCCAAGUAAUGGUUACAUUCUCAAUAGCACAACCCCCUGUGAAAUGAAAAGCCGCUACAUUCCCAAUGGAAAGUUAACGGCCUACACGCUCCGUGACCUUGCCGCUGGACGAAGGUACAAACUCGCACUAAUGGCAGUGCGGGACACAGAGAGGGGAAAGCUAUUAAGCGACCCUGCCUAUCUGGCCAUCAGCACGUUGAGAAUUCAAAGUAACACAAGGCAAGGGGAAACGCAAGGAGACUCAAGGGAGAAUUCCGAUCCUGAGGAUUGUGGCAUGUACAAUAAUCAGCUGCACAUCACACUGCAGCCUGAUGAGACGGAAACUGGCAAUGGAAGCUACGAGGACAAUUCCCAAAUCAUAAAGUACUCGGAGAUGCUGGACGGGAGGGGGAGAAUCAGUGCUACCUUUUCGAAUCUGCAGCGUAAUCCCAUAACUCUCCUGACACGCCCAGAGCCACCAAUCAAACUGGAAAACUUGGAAGAAUCGACAAACCGCAUCAGUCUGGCCUUGGAGAUCCAAGAAUCUGAGACCAACACUAAACCAGAUGAUCAAGGGGAAUGUUCCUCAAAUCCCUGUAAAAAUGGUGGUACUUGCGUGAAGGGGAUGGACUCAUACAUGUGUGAUUGUGAAACAGGAUUCAAGGGAAAACACUGUGAAUUAUUUUGUAAGAAGCUGCCUCACCCCUGCACACGCCUGUAUUCUGAAACUAAAUCUGUUCCAGUGUGGGAGGACAGUGUUUUCCAGCUUAAGUAUAAAAGAAUUUAUAAAGUUCAUCAGGAUACCUGCUACAAAGAGGUUUGUGAGCCUAUUGUACACAGAAAACCCAGAAACAGAAGGUUGUUCAGACAUUAACUAAUUACGGGGCCUUCUAGCUGAUACGAGCAAGGAGAUCAAAAAUCAGAAGACAACAGAAGAAUGGGUGCUAGUUACUCAAAUCCACCACAAGUUAACACAUUGUAAAGACAAGGCCACCCAUUCUAGAGUCAGCCAUAAUGUCCUAAAGUCACUUUGUUCAAUUUGGGGAUGUCAGAGUCGGAAAAUAAAACCAGGACAGCUGAAAUUUGAUCAACACAUAACUAACUGAAGAAGAUUGUGCGUGUGUGGAAGGAAGUGAGGGGAGAGCAGAUGCGCACACUCUUACUUGUCUUUGUGUUCAAGCAGAGAGAGGAGAGUGGGUGAACAAAUGAGUGAGUGAAUGCCCAUGGUACAUGGGUGCAUUUGAGUGUGAAUCUGUCUGUGUAUUCACUUCUGUGUGUCUGCUGUGUGUAAGUUCUUCAAGCUGAGAGGUGUGACUGCUGGGAAUUUGGAUUGCGUUGUCGUAGUGGUAGAGUGUGCAGAUUUCAAUCAGACAAGCGUGGCUCCAAUAUAUUGUGUAUAAUACAGAGCCCCUUAGACUGCCUGACAGCGUGCUUAAAACCCCUACCUCUCUUACUGUACCAGUGUGGUAUUUCCAUUCAUGUUAAGCUUAUGCUGGUUAGAAUUAAAAUAUUACAACAGUUCUGCAGCAUGCACUCAUCACUUAUUUGCUGGGACCUGGGUUGAGAUUUCCCAGACUGUCAUCUUGUAAAAUUCAUGGCUGGGGGUUAAGAAAACCUUUAGAUCCUUUUCCCUCUGUUGGAUGACACUAAUCACAUUGCAUCAAAGAGAGAAUACUUUAAUCCCAUCAGCAUGAGCUGCAUUUGAACCUUGGCCCAGAAUUGACAAUAGAGUACCAAAACAAAUGUGCUUGCUAGCCUGCAUUAGAGAAAGGAAUUGCAUUGAACCAUCGACUUUUACAGCUCAAAAAGUGACCAUUUCUGUCUGUGCCAACUCUUUGUUGGUACUCUCUAAAAAUAAUUCCACUGUUCACCUCCCAGAUAACCCUGCUUUGAAUGUUUAUCUUCCUUUUAAAAAUUGCUGCAGUCUUUCACAUAGCAUUAUUUUCCGUAGUUGUGACAGUUUUGCGUAAAUAAACGAUUCUCCUCGUCUCGUUUCCCACUCAGUUUGAGAUGGUUUUAAGUGGAUAGCAUCUUGUUGCUGACUCCCCAGCGAUCUUUCCCUGUCAACCGUCAAAACCAUUUAUAAUUGUAAGGAUGUUGAUUAAAUCUCCUUUUUGACGAAAGUGGAAGUAGUCUCAAGUGCUAGCAUUGAUGGUUGUCGCCUGUUUGACCAGACUGCUGAGUCGUCUGUACAGCAACACAUUUACAAUGGGACCAGAGCCAGGUUUUCUGUUACUGUAUUUUUUUUUAUGUCACUUCUCAUUAAGUUGCAGAGAUGAGUGAGUGACUAUCUUCAGUGUGCUGGCUGUUGGAAACUGUGUGCCUGGAUAAGGGUCUGUAUGUUCCUGUACUCCCUGGCCUGUGCAUACAGGACAUUGUAAGGGAAUGUUCAGAAUUUACUUACAAUGGAAUUUUAUGAUUGACAGUCCCUGAGCCAACACAGAAUAUAUGAUUCUGAAUAAUAUCACAGGGCAUUGAAACUAGUGGAUAGAUUUUUCUGCUUUGUUCCCAGCAUAAGACUCAUAUGCAGUUUGACUUCCCAAUGUGGAAACUGCCUGAUUUCCAUUCCUGUUGAUCUCAAGAGACUGUGUUUUACUGUAUUUUAAUAUAGAUAACAGGGUCGGCAUGUUCACCAUUUGAUAUACCUGUGCUUUACUGUCCAUUCCCCCUCUUUCACCCACUCCCUACAGUAUGAAGUGAUAUAUUACAAAUUUUGAACUCUCUAAUCUUCCAAACUCAUGAUCUCUACAUUCUAGAAGGACAAGGGCAGCAGAUACAUAGGAACACCACCACCUGCAAAUUCCAAGCCAUGCAGCAUUCUUACUUGGAAAUACACCAUCAUUCCUUUACAAGUCAAAAUCUCGGAACUGCCUCCCUAGCAGCCCAGCAGGCGAAUCUAUAACAAAUGGCUGGCAAUAGUUCAAGAAGGCAACUCACCAUCACCUUCUCUGGGGCAAUUAGGGAUUGCCACAUCUCAUGAACGAGUGAAAAAAACUAUCAUUAUAACAAAGGCACUUUGAUACACCACUCCUAAGGUAAUGAUAACAUAUUCAUCCAGGUCAGAGUCAGGGAUCACUCAAUGCAGCAUUGAGUACUUCAUUAGUUAUGAAGAGACUAUCAUUUUUCGCCACCCCUAGUGCUCAGAAGCCCCUUCUGUGAUGUGUACCUGACAUUUGAGUGCAAAGUAAGCCAGAAUUUGUCCUCGUCAAUGUUGGAAUGUUGUGCUGGGCAGAGAUUGCUUUCUUUGAGUGGCAUCAUUUGGGCUCUUGCCAUGUGAUGCAGAUUGCCAUUCUGGCACCUUGUGAUUUGCAGUGUGCCUGCAUUUCACACACUCGGGCCAUUCUUAAUCUCUCAGUGAAACCAACGGCCACAGUGGUAUGUCUGAACUUGUUUCAAUGUUUCUUGAGAUUUCUCAUGACCACUCGCUUCACAGUGGCCCCAUGCUGCUGAACUGCACUGAUCUUACAACAAUGGAAACCGAACUGGGGCCUCCUGUAGCUUGUAGAAGUAUUUACACUUAAAUUUUGUGGCCCAUCUUAUUUGCAUAUCCACUGAAGCAGUGAUGGAGGCUUACAGUCAUAACAGCACAGGAGUCGAUUUAGCCUACUGAGUGCCUGCCUCUCUCUAUACACCAAUCCAGUCAUUCCCAUUCCGUCUGUGUAAACUGGGAGUAACCUGCUGGGGAAAAUAGGUUUGCUAGUUGAGGACUGCAGCUGUAAUGCUGCUUGGCUCACUUGGGUGACUGGAAAAGCCUUGUUAACUAGAGUCCAGUACCACGUACCAUAUCAGGUCACUUUACAAGAAUAUGUAAAGCAGGAGAAUCUGACAGAGGCAAUCAACAAGGGACAAGGGACAGAAUACAGACCAGGAGGAAGGUGCAACAAUUCCUUAGAAUCCCAUCUGUAACACUUCCACAAUGGAGGAGAACAGAAGGCCAACAAUGCAAGGUAGCCAUGGCAGCAAACCUCACCAAUCUCUCUUGCUACGUAGAGUAAGGUGUAGAGGCAUUGAAUGCCAACUUUCUCAUGCCCAGCUCUCCAAUACACCAUCGGUGUUCCAUUUCAAAGACAUGAUCAGAGCAGACAAGGAGCCAGACCUUUCAUUCUAACAUUCCCUGGGCAUAAGCGCAUUUCUUGUCCUCUUAAACAGUAAAAACGCUGCACAUAUGACUCUUCAGAGUACAUUCUCAGCAGACAUAUCUCAUGAGUCUACAGCUAUUAUUUGUGAUAUUGGAGAAUCUUUCACUUCAGUGUAAUUUGCAACAGACCUGCUGCCACCAAUGCCCACACCCCAACCCCCAACAAAACCCACCCACCCACCCCACCCCCCUGCACGCACGCACACGCGCACACACACGUACACACACACACAUAUGAAGUAUCAAGAAUCUAAAGGCUUCAUGCCAGAGCUCCACAGAAGAUGAUUGAGUAGUGACGAUAAGGAAGCAACUCAACAUCAUUCCAACGACAUUGGUUCAUUGUCCCUGGUGACCCUGUCAUGUUUGUCAUCUAUCAGGGUGGACAAGAUCCAAGGCCUUGUCAAUGACAAUUCUCUCUGCCUGCUACUGCCCUCUGUCAUGGUAGCAGCCAGUGUCAAGCUUCCAGCCUCCCCCCUCAGGAGGAGGGGGCACCAUGCUCUCUAACAAAAGUUCCAAAGGUGCAGAGAGAAAAGGCUUGUUGUCUGGAGGCCAAUGCCAUGACAGGAAUAAUCAAUAAUCCUCCCUUGAUACCGAUUGCAACUCAGAAUAGUUGGGGCGACUAAGACACAAUAUACGGAAAGAGUAGAUUGGUUUGUGUUUACUUUAGACGUUGUUACAAUAAACUAGAGCAUGUCCUUACGUUGUGCUUUCCAAGUCCAGAGGAAAGAAUACACUUACUGGGAUAAAAGCCAAAUACUGGAAAUCUGAAAGAAAAACAGAGCAUUGGAGAAACUCAGCAACAUCUGUGGAGAGAGAAAGAGUCAGCAUUUUGAGUUCAUUAUGACAAAGAAGAGUCUUGAUGGGCUUCACGUUAUCUCUGUUUUUCUCUCCAUGCGUGCUACUGGACCUGCUGAGCUCCUCCAGGAUUUUCUGUUUUUAUACACUGGCUAGAUGCUGGCUUAUUCAAUCCGGUGAUGGCUAUUAGUUCAGCCAUUUCAGGGCAGUGAGCUGAUGUGUUCAGUGUUGCACAAUUCUGGGAUAUAAGGGACGUCCCUUGUCUGGAAAUGGGAGAAAAGGGAUGGGCACCAUCAUUGACGUUCCAUCCCUUUAAUGAAAAGGGAUGACAAUAAUGGGAUUUGCUCUGGUGCAUCUUGCAGUAGCCACUAAUGACGUCUUCAGCCAAGGCCUUUGUGAUGCUGCCCUCCACAUCAUUUUUCUGAAACCUCUCCAGCAAUGACCAAACAUAGACAGAAGCUUUUGAGUUCACACAACCGGCAACCAUUGUGUUUGACAGGAGACUGAGAAUCCCAACAGAGCACCGUCCCAUUAUCCGAGCACGUGGUGGCCAUUUGGUUGCGUCUCUUGUGCCUUCAGUGAAAUUCUCCUCACCAAGAUCCUCAUAGCCCGUGUUGCCAUUCCAUGGGGCAGCAAUAAAAAUGUAUAAUGGAGUUCUUACUUUGCAAAUCUUCCCUUCAGCGCUCCUCCAUAAAAUUGAACGUGAUUGCGCAAAUAGCGGUUCCACAUUCUCCUUGGAACCCUGCAAACUGGGUGCAAGAUGGAAUGAAGGCGGGUUUGUAAUUCUCCCUGUGGGACGCACAGUUAGAAACAGUAAGGAUCAUCGACUGCGCUGCGCAGAAUACUUGAGGGAAAAAAGAACGUGUUUUUGACCAUUUGCAGAGAUUUUUACUAAACAUCUCCACACGAUGUUGCAUCUCAUACUCUUCACCUGCUCCUGUCUUAGCUAAUUCUGACAGCAGCUGUAUCUUAUGGAUUUUCGGUCUGAUUUACCCAGAGUGCCCUGUGAGUUUAAAACCAAACUCAGUUGCCGCACAGUGAACUGCAGGGACAUAGAAACAGUGUAGGCCAUUCAGCCCCACCAUAACCUGUUCCACCAGUCAAAACUAACAAAGUGUGGAGCUGAAUGGACGCAGCAGGCCAAGCAGUAU